AUGUCGUUCGGACUCGAUCUCCAGCAGGCCAUCAAGAACGUGCAGAUCGCCAAGGCGGCGCACAAGAGCUUCAAGGCGGCCGCCAAGGUUGGCGUGUCCGAGGCUGAGGCUGAUGCCAACUGCGAGGGCCCCGACUGCGAUGGCUACGACGUGCUCCGCAAGAAGGUCGACGACUGUCUCGAGGCGCAGAUCGACCUCAAGCAGAAGCUCAACGCCGCUGAGGCUGCCGGUGACCUCGCCGCCACCCAGGCCGUCUCCGAGGAGAUGGCCGCGCUCAACGAGCAGUGCACCGAGUUCUGGAAGCAGGAGGCUCUCGGUCACGGCCCCGUGCGCGUUCCCCGCAACCGCCCUUACCCCGACGAGGAGGCCUUCGGCUUCCAGGAGGUCAUGGCUCUCGUGGUCCUUGCCACCUCCAUCCUCUUCAUCACUCACGGCGCCAAGUUCCACAAGUUCCUCAUCUGCGCCGUGGGUAUGACCAUCGGCACCUUCGGCGGUCUCUUCCUCACCGAACAGUUCGGUAUCACCGAGUUCAAGCCCAAGUGGGGCGUCUCCCUCGCCCUGGGCCUCGCCCUCUGGAUCGCGGUUAUGUUUGUCGAGCAGCUCAUGUUCAGUGCGGUGGCGAUGGGUAUCGGCGGUGGUGGCAUGAUGAUCAUCUACUCCUUCGUCGGCCACUACAUCCCCCCCCAGCCCGAGUACUACAUGUUUGUCGCCAUCGGCAUCGGCUGCGUCGCCGGUUACUUCCUCACCGACAUGGUCAAGAAGGCUGCGCUCACCCUCAUCUACUCCGUCCUCGGCGGCGUCCUCCUCGGCUCUGCCGUUUCCUUCACCUUCUGGAAGUACCACCUGGCCCACGGCGACCUCUGGCUCGAGAACAUCACCUCCAACGACGUCACCCUCGACCUCACCCAGUGGCCGGUGCUCGUGUCCAUCGGCACCAUGGUGGCUGGCGCGCUGUUCGGCAUCUGGUUCCAGAACAAGAGCGCGAAGAAGGCUGAGAAGGAGCCCCUCCUCAAGAAGGGCGACGACACCGUCUAAGCGGCGACGGUCUCGAUUGAUUGAGAAGACGCGUGUCGGGGCGGUGGAGAUGGGGCGGAGGACGAGCGUCCCACCGCCCGCGCCGUCGCCCGCUUAGGUCAGACUGUACAGUACCAAUUAUUACACCUUGAAAUGAAGACCUUGACUUCAGAACUUA